AUGGCGGUAGUUCGAAUCAUCAAGAAGCAGCCGCCGCCGGCGGUUCACACGAUUUCCGUCACCAUUUAUUCCGUCAAAUCGUUUCAAGAAACCGAAACGUCGAUGUACGUGGAAAUGCACAAAACGAACGUCGGCGAGUUCACAUGGGACCAAAAUUGUACACGAAUUGACGCGUUGGUACGACCGAUCGUCGAACUCGAUCGCACAACGACGCCCGAGAUUCCGAUUGCCGUCGAGCUGAUCGAUUAA